AUGGUUCCUCCAUCUCGUCGAUCAACAUUGCGAUCCUAUGCCAAAGCAAAUGCAACAGAAUGUCUCGAGGUUAUCCGAUCUAAACGCACCACUAUUCAGCACAUAAAAGCACCGUCACAGUCUCGCAGAUAUUCCCAACUAUCGAAUAAGUCAGAUGGCUCAGUAAAGAACCGGAAAAAGUCAACCGAGGAGGACUGCACUGCGACUGUUGAAAGUAAUUCCUUUGCGAAACCCUCAAAAGCGAUAGAACUAUGCAAUCCGGAUUCGCAACUUCCAGAGAUGGUCGGUCGAGUUACUGAGCGUUCCGCCGUGCGGGACUUCAUUCGAUCGGCUAUCGAAGAACGAAGAAGCGCUACUCUGUAUAUUAGUGGCGCCCCGGGAACCGGAAAGACUGCCGUAGUUCUUCAUGAGACACAUCUACUUGAAAAAGCUUUUGGCUGCCGUGUGGCUCUGAUCAAUUGUAUGCAAUUACGAUCUGCAUCGAUGAUAUAUUCCCAUCUGAUUCAAACUCUACGACGUUCAAACUCAGAGAACAGCUGCACUGCAUUCAAUGUUAAAUCGUUUGAGGACACUAUCAAUCGACUUGUAAAUCGAGGAACUCUUGUGCUGAUUCUGGAUGAAGUUGAUCAGCUCGUCAGCCAAUCUCAAGAUAUCUUGUAUCGAAUUUUCAACUGGCCCGAAACGUUGAAGUGUCACAUCAUCGUGAUUGGUAUCGCGAAUGCCCUCGAUCUGCCCGAGCGUCUUCCCAAACUGAAAUCGAAAACUCACAAACCAGCGCACUUGACCUUUGUGCCUUACACACGGACAGAACUGGCCGAUAUUGUCACCUUGAAGCUCGGUCCGCCAAGUGACCUUAAGGAGAACAGUCUCGAUCCCCUAGCAAUUCAGCUUUGUGCCCGAAAAAUAUCGGCAUCUACCGGUGAUGUUCGGACCGCUCUCGAUGUCUGUCGCCGAGCCAUUAAUCUGGCCACCCAGGAAGCGAUUCGACGAAAUCGAAACACAGAGGAACAGCCUUCUUCCGUGAGACCCUCUCUGCAACACGUUAGUUUGGCCCUGAAGGAGUUGAAUGUAAGUGGUGGUGUAUGUGCUUAUGUGAGAUUGGAACUUUUCAUUUCGUUCAGUCCCGCGUGGUCUAGCGGUUAG